AUGGUCAGAUGUACGCCAUUGGCGUUCGCUUGGGCUUCUAUCUUUAUCAACGCAGUCGCCGGCGAUCCAGUUGAUUGGGUGAAUGUCAAGUACGUUCAAAGGGCGAGUUCACAAGGUUCUACCACAAAAGACGCAAGAGCCGCCAUAGUAAAUUCCGCGGACAGCCUGAACAAGAAAGGCCCAUGGACUAUCAUGUCUGGUGACAUAUUACCACCAAGUAAGGACAAGAGAGAUUAUCUGAGUUUCGCUCCUUAUCACUGGCCGGAUUGUAAUUGGUGCGCUACUGGUCGACAGCACCUCGCCCAUGGCCCCUCUUCCCCCGACAACAAUGAGGACGACGGUGUCGGCGAUGACGACGGCCUGAGGGGGCCAGAUUACUAUGGCUCAAACCCCGCCUACUAUGAAGUUAGCAGCGAGGAAUCAAAUCAGACCCAUCCUCAAGCUACGAAUGGGCGUAUGCAGCGACGAAGACGGUCGUCAAUCCUGCAGGAAUCGCCCGGCCCUCAGGCCCAGGUGCCGCUUGGAACUUCCGUGGCUUUGCCAAUUGCUACCUCAAGUGUCCUAAAGCUCACAACAACCUCGACUAAGACGCAGUCUGUAACUGGCACUCCAGGUCCUGCUGGCGCUGCCGCCAAAACUGGAACCAAAACCAGUAAGCAAUCAUGUACCCCUUCCCCUACGAAAAGCCUCGCGCCAAGUGCAACGUGGACGAAAUGUCCUUACGUUGUCCGUGAUGGGAGGGUCAAUCCUGAUGUCCGCAAACUCAAGGGGCCCCCUUCAAUUCAGAGCGUAUCUCAAGCUACUCUGUUCAACGCGCUAGCCUCCCAAUUUUCCUCAUCUGCAUCUUUAAGUUCUUCUUAUAUUCAGAACGUGAAUGAUCUCAUCAAUGUCUUCUUCCUCGACUCCAAAACUGCCAUGAAUCCCAACGUCAACUUUGGUCAAAUGGUGCGAGGUCCUGGGGAUAACGGGCAAAGAGGAACGUUCACCGGCAUCCUCGAUAUACGGGGGAUCGUCAAAAUAGUUAAUGCCCUCUUAAUCUUGAGAACUGGAGUUAGGAAAGGAUCAGAUGUCAGCCAGAGGGGAGAAGACGACGUACAAUCCGUCGAUGCUGCUAUGCGGAGAUGGGUAUCUCAGUAUGUGCGCUGGUUACAGACAAGUCCACUGGCCGAGAAAGCCGCAUCUAGGCCGAAUAAUCACGGCAGUUUUUUUACAGCACAAUUGGCGGCAACGCAGAUGUUCCUCGGCGACAAAGCCGGCGCGAUUCAGACGUUGACUUCAUUCUUUGAAGGUAGCUUUCUUAAUCAAAUCGCCUCCUCUGGGGAGCAGCCUAUGGAAUGCGUUCGAACCCGGCCGUGGCACUACCGCAGUUUCAAUCUGGAAGCAUUAAUCACAAACGCAAAACUGGGCGAUCAACUAGGUGCCAAUUUUUGGGCACACAAGUCCAAGUACGGCGCCACAAUCCAAACUGCUGUGGAUUAUACGAUGGGCCUUGACCCGGGGAGAGAAGAUCCUAGUGAACUGGUUCCACACGUCGCUGCUGUCGCUGCCGCCUAUGGGGAUCCAUCUGGGAAGUAUCAGGACUUUAUGAAGAAGUACCAACCGGAUUACAAGCAAAGGGCAUUCUGGUUCUAUGAUCAAACCAGCGCUCUGCCAAACUCUCCCGCUGGCAAGGCUUCAAGGGGCGAAGGAUCAGUGAAGGAAACAGAUGUGUCCGGUCACCCCGCAGCCUCCUUUACAGUGCCGCCCUUCGCAUGUCCCGAGCAGUUCCUCUAUGAACCGUCCGGGGCAACGGAAUUCGACGAUGGUCUUUUCUUCUCUUGCGCAGAAAUUGCUCCUUUCUAUUAG